CAUAUUCUUAUCUCAUCAUCUCACUCAACCCCUCGCUUUCUAUCUCUUCUUCUUUAUCUCUCUCCGGGAUCUCUCUCCCUCUCCAAGGACGAAGAGGGAGGAAGAGAUGACAGACUGCAACAGAGGCGACGAUUUCUUAUUUUCUCAGCAACACGAGUCAUCUGUUGCUGCUGCAAAUAAAUACGGAGGAAUUGUGCCCAAGAAAAAGCCACUAAUUUCCAAGGAUCAUAAACGUGCAUUUUUUGAUUCGGCGGAUUGGGCAUUAUACAAGCAAGGAGCAAGCGUGAAUCAGAGAACAACUGUACCGAUUGAGAAACUAAGACCAAAAUUAAAGAGAACACCUCACCAUCAGCUCCCCCCUAGAAGACCCACGUGUACUUCUGGGCAGGAAAAUCUUGCAGAUUAGAGCUUUUAUGUUCAUUAAAAAGAUUGGGCAUGGCGUGAGAAUGCGUGUACGUGUUUCAUGUUUCCCUCGAAUGCACAUUUUACCUACUGGUUCAUGAAAUGUUUGUCGUUUCAAUAAAGUAAGCAGACACUUAUCGCCGUUUUUUUUCUUCUCUCUCUCUCUCUCUCUCUCUCUCGUGUAACAAUGUUGAAUUACACACGAGUACAUAGACGUGCUUGCAUUAA